CCUCCUCCUCUCUCUCCUUUCUUCAUCCCCGAUCAUCGCCUGGAGUCUGCCCAUAUCCCCGCCCAUCUCUGUCGCUGUCCUCCUCUGUUCCUUUCUUUUUCUCUGUUCUUUUCUUCCAGAAGAUUAUCUCUCCUUCUCACAGCACAAUGGGCAGCACUGCUUCGGACAAGUUCCUGUUCACCUCCGAGUCCGUUGGUGAGGGUCACCCUGAUAAGAUCGCCGAUCAGGUCUCGGAUGCUAUCCUCGAUGCCUGCCUUGCAGAGGAUCCCCUCUCCAAGGUUGCUUGUGAGACUGCUACCAAGACUGGUAUGAUCAUGGUCUUUGGUGAAAUCACCACCAAGGCCAGACUGGACUACCAGAAGGUUAUCCGUGAUGCCAUCAAGGAGAUUGGCUACGAUGCCUCUGAGAAGGGAUUUGACUACAAGACCUGCAACGUUCUCGUUGCUAUCGAGCAGCAGUCCCCCGAUAUCGCUCAGGGUUUGCACUACGAGGAGGCUCUCGAGAAGCUCGGUGCCGGUGACCAGGGUAUCAUGUUCGGCUAUGCUACCGACGAGACCCCUGAGCUCCUCCCAUUGACCAUCCUUCUCUCUCACAAGCUGAACAAGGCCAUGACUGAUGCCCGUAAGAACGGUUCCAUUCCUUGGCUCCGCCCCGACACCAAGACCCAAGUCACCAUCGAGUAUGCUCAUGAUGGUGGUGCCGUCAAGCCUCUGCGUGUGGACACCGUCGUCAUUUCUGCCCAGCACAGUGACGAUAUCUCUACCGAGGCCAUUCGCGAGGAACUCAAGGAGAAGAUUAUCAAGAAGGUCAUCCCCGCCGAGCUUCUGGACGAUCGCACCGUCUACCACUUGCAGCCGUCUGGCCGCUUCGUCAUCGGCGGUCCUCAGGGUGACGCCGGCCUUACUGGCCGUAAGAUCAUUGUCGACACCUACGGUGGCUGGGGUGCCCAUGGUGGUGGUGCUUUCUCCGGCAAGGAUUACUCCAAGGUCGACCGCUCCGCCGCCUAUGUUGCUCGCUGGAUUGCCAAGUCCUUGGUUCACGCCAAGCUUGCUCGUCGUGUUCUCGUUCAGCUCUCCUACGCCAUUGGUGUCGCCGAGCCUCUAUCGAUCUUCGUUGAGACCUACGGCACAUCCGACAAGAGCUCUGCCGAGCUCGUCGAGAUUAUCAGGAAGAACUUCGACCUCCGCCCGGGUGUCAUCGUGACCGAGCUUGAUCUUGCCAAGCCGAUCUACUUCCAGACGGCCAAGAACGGUCACUUCACCAACCAGAACUUCUCUUGGGAGAAGCCCAAGGCCCUCAAAUUCUAGAUGACUCCACCUCCACUGUCGUCAAGAACUCCAGGGUUAUUAUCUUUGUGUUGAAUAUUUCCUUGUUUCGAUAUCUUGUUUCACGAAUGUGAUGAAUUUGCUUUGUUUUCAACAACUCAAAGCAUGGGCAUAGACAUAAAAAGCGUUUGGAUGUUUGUUUCAUUUAUGCAUGGUCGCCUUGAGAGAUGGGCUCGGCGAGAAUAAAUUCAACAUGAUACCAUUUUACAUCGGACGGGAUGGGGUGCUCGGCGUUUCAUGGAGCGGAAGUCUUCAACACGGAUGUCCCUUCCAGCUUUCGAAAGAGAUUUUUCUGUGGAUUUUGUGCAUCUUUGCUCACUGACAGCCUUGCGUGAGUGUACACCCUUUUGCGGAUGUCUACGAUAUCCUCUGCAGAAACUGGAAGGGGAAAAAUGCCCGGACCGGCUUGAAAGGUGCUCUACUCUUUUCAAUGCGGCAUGGGCUCGCUAAUCUAAACAUUAGCAAUAUAGAAUAAUGAGCAUAUAAUUUCUUAUGUGUCAUGGUUGCAGAGCGUCUACAUCUUGUCGCUCCCAGUAGUGUUGAUGUAAUUGUACCAGAACAAGAUAGGAGACAUUGGCGCGGCCAGCAUGCGGC